AUGCUACUCAAUACCUCGCCUGCGCUGCAGGGGCUAACAGCCUUGGAGUCCCAGACCUUGCUGGAUUACGCUUCUUCAAGGCUACGCCAUUGCGCAGAAACCCUGACAGGUCGUUCAGAGUCUAUCAAGAAAACCCCUGGAUUGUUUGAAAGUUGCUGGAAUCAGUUGAAGAUCGAUAUCAGGAGUGCGAACACUACACUCAUUCUUCAGUCCAUCGUGAACAUUACCCACCCUGAUGUCAUCACACCGCCAUCCUUCCUUGUGAAAAUCACUCGCCUUUUGGUUUCUGGUGGAAUCGACAGCCUCCAAGACGUAGCAUCAGCCGCUCGCGACAGGCAGCCUCCCCUCCGUGACCAUUUCCGUCCUACAAUUUGCCUGUGGUGGUGCAACUUCAAGACUUUGAGCCCCAUCACCCCUGUCUCGUUAUCGGUGCGCGAUGUCGUGGACGCGUUCCGGGGAGAGACACCGCAAGCCUGGCUGACCUACACCUAUCCGAUGAUGCUUCUGAAGGGGUGCGACGUUUCGAGUCUCGCUCCUCUCUCGGAGACCUUUUCAGUGGUCGAGGAGCGAAUGACGACAGCGGAGACGGAGUUGCGGAGUGCGUUGGAGGCCAUCGACUUCUUCAGGGUGAAGUGUAGCAGCCUCAAGCCUCUGUUGGCGGUGAGGCUCGAAGAUCCAAGUGCUUGGGUACCGUACGAACGGCCAUCGCAAAGCUCACAAUGUGAGCUUCUGCCUCCCAGGGACGAGACAAUUGUGUACAGCCACGAGGAGGAUUCGGAGUGGGUUCCUCCUCCACCAUCUCCACCGGGGUGGGGUCGGUCUUCAGACAGCGCUUGGGAUGCUGUGGUUCCUCACCUGCGCUGGCCAUCUCCCAGCCAUACCUGGGAGUGCGAAGAGAAGUCUGGGUCCCCUACCCGGAAGGAUGCUGAGGAUGGGAUGGAGGGAAUGGUCGAGGAGUUCAGGGGGCUGGAAACUUAG